AUGGACACCUUUAGUGUGUAUACUGCAAAUUCUGGCGAUUAUUAUGGUAGCAAAGCCAAGAUUAAUCUGUGGGAUCUGCCAGAUGUAGCGAAUAAUCAAAUAUCUGCGAGUGUAAUACGGCUCUCGAGUUUCGAUGGAGAUUAUGAAAAUUCCAUACAAGCAGGAUUUCAUAUGUACCCGGAAGAAUAUAAAGACAGCAAGCUUCAUUUUUACACAACUUGGACAUUGGAUGGCUAUAAAUCAACUGGUUGCUUUAACCUUAAAUGCGACGGCUUCAUACUGGUUAAUUCGGGUAUACUUACACCAGGAGAUGUUGUUGAACCUGUUUCUGUCUACAACGGCUCACAGUACUUCAUUACAAUCAGUAUAAAAAAGGAACCUAAAUCAGGAAAUUGGUCAGUAUAUAGGGAAGAUCUAGAUAAUCCGCAACUAAUAGGUUAUUGGCCUAAAUCUCUCUUUACGGCUUUAGCUGAAAAGGCGACCAUAGUUUCGUGGGGUGGAGUUGUCAGCUAUCCUCAAGAUGGAAUUGGGCCUCCGAUGGGCAGCGGACACUAUUCUUCUGAAUUGCAAGGGAAGGCAGCAUUUGUGAAAAAUAUUGAGAUCUUUGAUUCGAACGGCGAAUCCAUUGACCUUGCAAAUAUCGCAAAGCCUGAUGUCAAUCGGGGAGACUGCUAUAAUGUUACCGCACUAGUCGAUUCGAGAAAGUACGGACUGCAUGAUGGGUAUUUAUUUUAUUUUGGUGGUCCCGGUGGCUGUUCUAAUUAA